GCAGGCACCUGCAUGGGGCGGGGUGAGGCCCUACAUGUAAGGCGAGCCCGGGGCCACCGUCUCUUCCCUGCCCUGCCCUUCACAGCUGCAGAAGGACCGGGCCACAGCCUCCAUUGUUCCCCGUCGCUCUCAAAACUUUCCCGAAAGACCAGGCCAUCUGUCCACCUGCACACGUGUGAACUUAAGUCUUUCCUUUGCGAGGAGCCUCAGCUGAGGGAGGCAGGAAGCUGGUUUUUUCCAGGAGGCGAGCAGUGUUCACUGGCCUCCUAAGCUGCUCCGAGGUUGGAUCCCGGUUGGGGUCAGGCUGGGCACCCAGGCCGCUCACCACAGGCUCAGAGUAACCCAGAUGAGAUGCUUACGAGUCAGAGCAGCUGGCAGCAGGCCGAAUUAGCCAGAAUACGUGCAGGUUUAUGAAAGUGCAAAGCAAAUGUAAAACGGGGACACGGUCUACCGUGAAUUUUCCGACAUUUUGGUAAUUUGCAAAUACCUCGUCCGCAAGACGGGUCGGUAAGAAUGUCUUUGGUGAAUCUGAGAGGAGGUAAACCGCCCAGAAGUCACCCCCGCUCCCGGGGCAUCCGGUUUGUUCUCGGGUUCGGGCCAGCGUGGGCGCGGGGACAUGGCGGGGAAUGGCGGCCGGGAGGCCACUGGAGAGACGCCCUGCGUGUGGACAGGCCCGCUCGGCCGCCCCCGCCCCGCCCCCACCCCGCGGCCUCUGGGCCCCGCUGGCCAGCGCGGUACACGGGGUUGGGUUUCAGCGCUUUGUUCUCCGUGCGGCCCUCAACGUUGAUUAAGGCCCGUCAGGCAGGUUAACCGGCAAGUUAGUUUUUCACGCUGGGAUCGCGUUCCCCGCCCACCCCACCCGUGCCUGGACAGGUGGGACCCGCCAAGGGCUGGGCAGGUGGGGCACUCGCUCUGCAAAGAGGAGCCUGGAGGGUGCUGCCCUGGGCCUCCCGAUUCAUUCCUUGAUUUUCCCAAGCUAAGCCUGCUCAGAGUGGUGAUGAUUAACCAGACCCCACAUCUGGGAACACAACGCUGGCUUCACUCCCUGCCAACAAGGGGCCGAGAGAGCACCAUUUAGUCGCUCUGAAACAGGGAAGGUUUAUUUCCACUUUUCGUAUCUGCCCGUAGGAACUGCCCCGGGGGGGGCAGGAUGGGCACAGGGUGGGCGCAGGAGGGUCGGGGAUCUUGACCUCACGCUGAGCUGCACUCAGAGGCCAAGGCCAGGUGCUGGUCUCUCCUUGUGGAUUUACAGGUUCUGAGUUCAGGAAGAGUGUGGGAUUGUGUCCUGGAACUUAGGAGGGGGCACUCUGCUGCCCACCGGCCUGCCCCGGCUCUGUCCAUGUACCUCUGUGUCCGUGCACCUCUUCACCUCCUAGGUGACAGUGUCAGGGCUGAUGAGCCGGUGGGCGGCAGACAGCUGGGGUGGCCUGUUCCCCUGGCUUGCCACCAGGCCAGCUCUGGGCCCGUGGGGUCUCCGGGGCCUUGGGUGCUCCUCGGCCAAGGACACUAGGGACACCGGGCUCUGGCUGCAGAGGCCACACAGUGGGAGGCCGGUCUGUGCACAGAGGGCUGGCUACAAGGGAGGGACACCGGGCCCCCAGCCCCCACCGCCUUCCCCUGUAGCCUGGCAGCUGAGAGCAGAGCUGAAAUUUAACUCAGCCCUGAAAGCACAGUUGAGACAGUUUCGCCUAGCUCAGAAAGAGGUAGAAUUGCAUCCCUAAAGCACACUGAUUUUACAGGGUCUGUGGGACAGACCUGGAAAGGUGAGGUGUGGAUCCGGAGCGGGGCAGGUGGUGACGGGGGCACAGGGCAAGAGGCAGACCGUGGGCUCCACCCUCUGAGCCUGGACACAGCCACCCGGAGGCUCCAGGCUCCCGUGAAGCCGCCUUCCCAUGCAGAGGACAGGCUUCUCACCUGUCCCCCCAACGCUGGGCCUGUGUCACCGUCAGGUCCUCUGAGAAAUGCUGGCUGUUCCUGAGGACAAAUCUGGAGAACGAGGUGAACCUUGGCUAGGCAGGUGGACAGGCUUUGUUGUGGUCAGGCAGGUGGCCUGGGGAGAAUCAGCACGGGCCCCACACCCCGUCUCUACAGCCUCUGUGGGUGGAAGGUGCCGGAAAACUUGAGCUGCUCUGGCCCGCUCGCCAGGUCCAGGUGUCAGCCGUCACAGAGAAGGGACAAGAGGUUGGAUGGGACCCCUCAGACUCCCCAGGGCAGGGGGCCAGGGUUCUCUCAGUUCCACACAGGGCCCCAGGUGCGGACACAGAGCCGUCCUCUUCCUCGACCCCACUCUGAACUCUGAAGACUGGCCUGGCACGCACGGGCACGGGGUGGUGGUGGGGGUGCUCAUCCUGCGUUCUGUACUUGGGCACAGGCUGGGCGGGGCUACCCCCUCGGUCCCUCCUCCAGGCCCAGCGCUGUCUCAGCCUCGGACCUCACGGCCGGCAGCAGCCAGAAGCCCAGGGCCACGGAGCAGUGGGGCGGGCAGACAGACCCACCUGUGACCUGGCCGGUGACCCACCGCCUGCCUGCCAGGAAGCGGCCCGAGGACACACCGUCCUAAGCUCCUGGACUCCAAAGACGGGCCAAGGGCCCAGAGCUGGCUUAGGGCUGGGCAGACAGCCUGUCUCCGCUGUGCAGCCCGGCGCAUCGGGGCAGCCCCCACCUGCAGGUUCUGGGGCUCCGGACAUGGACACAUUUGGGGGGACACCAUCCAGCCCUGCAAGAGGCAAGUGAAGGCACCCUAAGCAGAGACGCCCUUGACCCACACAAGACCCUGGAGGGUGGCGAGGCCACGUGGCUGGACGGUGGACACCACAUGAGAGGCUGUGGUUCGCCAGGGCCUGCCUUCCAUCCUCUACCGGGGUGCCGCUUCCUGCCAGUCUUUUUACCUGACCAGGGCACCAGGCCCCACGGUCACCGCAGAGACAGGAGCCAGCCACAAGCAGAGGCCCAAGCCCAGGACCCCGGGAGGCACCGCUCCCUGAGGCUAGGACCGAGGACUGCCCAAAGGUCCCACAGAGGGGUGGGGGUGGUGUCUUCCCAGAGCUGCCCCCGCCCUUGUGCUCCCACACCUGCAGCCCGCAGCCGCACCCGCUUCAUCUAUCAUCGGGGACCACCCACUAGGACCCACGUCAGCAGGAAGAGGGGCAAGUGGUCCAGGAUUGCAGGGGUCCGGCGGAGCCACACCCGGGUGCCAGGCUGGGCCCACAAAAGACCGAUGGGGAGCAGCCAAGAGGAGCAGCCCCUGCACCUUCCAAGCCAGUCGGGCCAAGACGCAGACCUCCUGGACGCUGCUGACACCGCCAGGCCUCAGGCCUCUCUCCUGGAGAGGCACCUGCCAGAGGGGGAGAGGCAGCUGCACGGCAGUGGGCAAGGGCCCUACUUCUACAUCGGAGGCACCAACGGGGCCUCCAUCAUCAGCUCCUACUGCAAGGGCAAGGGCUGGCAGCGCAUCGAGGACAGCCGGCGGGAGGACUACAAGCUGAAGUGGUGCGAGGUCAAGUGCAGAGACAGCUACUACAGCUUCCGGGAAGGCGAACAGCUGCUCUACCAGCUCCCCAACAACAAGCUCCUCACCACCAAGAUUGGGCUGCUCAGUGCCCUGAGGGAGUACUCGAGGGUCGUGAGCAGGACCCACAAGACAUCGCCGUGUGCCCAGGCCAAAUCCAGAAAGGACACAACCUCCGCCCUUGAGGAGCUCGCGUGGACCAGCCCAGGAUGCUUUGGGCCACAGAGAGUCCUGAAAAUGGAAGAAUUUUUCCCAGAGACCUACCGUCUGGACAUCAGGGACGAGAGAGAGGCUUUCUUCACUCUCUUUGAUGAAAAUCAGACGUGGAUCUGCAAGCCCACGGCCUCCAACCAGGGCAAAGGCAUCUUCCUGCUCAGGAACCAGGAGGAAGUCGCCGCCCUGCAAGUCAAGACCCAGAGCAUCGAGGACGACCCCAUCUACCGCAAGAUGCCGUUCCGGGCGCCUCAGGCGCGGGUCGUGCAGAGGUACAUCCAGAACCCACUGCUACUGGAUGGGAAGAAGUUUGACGUGCGUUCCUACCUGCUCAUCGCCUGUGCCAUGCCGUACAUGGUCUUCUUUGGUCACGGCUAUGCCCGCCUCACUCUCAGCCUUUAUGACCCCCAUUCCAGCGACCUCAGUGGCCACUUGACCAACCAGUUCAUGCAGAAGAAGAGCCCCCUGUACAUGCUGCUCAAGGAGGACACGGUAUGGAGCAUGGACCACCUCAACCGCUACAUCAACGACAAAUUCCGGAAGACCAAGGGACUCCCUAGGGACUGGGUCUUUACUACCUUUACGAAGCGGAUGCAGCAGAUCAUGGCUCACUGCUUCCAGGCUGUCAAGUCCAAGCUGCAAUGCAAGCUGGGCUACUUCGACCUCAUUGGCUGUGACUUCUUGAUCGACGAAAACUUCAAGGUGUGGCUGCUGGAGAUGAACUCCAACCCCGCCCUGCACACCAACUGUGAAGUCCUGAAGGAGGUGAUCCCGGGCGUGGUCACGGAAACCCUGGACCUGGCGCUCGAGACCUUCCAGAAGAGCCUGCGCGGCCAGAAGAUGCUGCCUCUGCUGUCGCAGCGCCACUUCGUGCUCCUGCACGACGGCGAGGCCGACCUCUGGCCGCGCCCCGGGGGCUCCCGGGGCGCCCUGCGCCCGCCGCCCCCGCUCCGCGCCGCCCCGCGGCCAGGCGCGCGCACGCCCGCACCACCCCGGGGGCCCGGCGGCGCGCACGCGCGGCCCCGACCCCCGGGCCGCGGCCCCGACGGCGGCACCCAGAGCCGGGAGCCCGGGGCCGAGCGGCCGCGAGAGGGAGCAGGGGGCCCGGCGCGGGAGCCGUCCCCGGGGCUGGCAGAGGAGGAGCGCAAGAGCGCGGGCCAUCGCGGCUCCUAGCGGGCGGGCCAGCGGCGCCCUCUGGGACCUAUAAAGGCUACUUUGUUACCAACGGCCCGUGCUGCGGGUCAGGUGGCCCCUGGCCUCCCCGACGCUCGCUCCCCAAGGCGCUCCCAUGGGGGCUUCUCUGCCGCAUUGCUGGGCCCUGUGCUUGGAAGCCGAGGGUGGAGGGAUGCGGGGGUGUUGUCCUACUGAAAGGCGGAUGAGCUCCCCACAGCCUCCUGCUCUGCCCUGGGGGCGGGGGGGGGGGGGGGCUGCCUCUGUCGCGGGGAAGCCCGCAGGUCCAGGGCUCCUCCACAUCACCCUGUGUGCCUCACAGACCAGGACUUUCCCGAAGUCCCACAACCCGCAUGAACCCUACUGCCUGGCUCUGUGAUCCCCAGGAAAGGAUCCGGAUCCCCAAGCAAAGGAGGGCUUGCUCAAAGCCCAGAUCGUUCCACAGAGGCGGCCCCAAGGGGGCCUGCCCAGGCACAGCUCCUUUCUGGGCCAAGAAGGUACCCGAGCUCUGCCCUCUCCACCACCUCCACGGGCCCUAACUUCCCUGCAGGCCUGGAGCUGCAGAGGCCCAGAGGACAAGGCGGUGGGGGAGGGGGCACAGCCAUGGCAGGACAGCCCUGAAGGACGUGCUGGGCCGGCACUGGCCCUACCCCAGCCAGUCCAUGAAUGGCCUCAGGUGUUCCCGUUCCCCAUAGACCCAGACCUCAGGUUGGGGGCGGGGGGGGGGGGGUGAGGAGGGGGGGAUUCAGCCCCCCUCUGAUGUGUCCAAGCCCCCUACGACCACUAAGUGUCCAGAUCCAGCCAUAAUCCCCUCUCCACCCCCGCCCCCAGCCACUCGCACCCUCCCCAGUCCAGAUCCCAGGGUCGGGGCAGCCCCACCCCGGCUUGCACACCUCCUCACUGCUCCCUCUCACGCACCCUGCCCCCACCUCUCCAUGGUUACCACCAAGUCCCAAAGGCCCUCCUCCUGACCCGCGGGGUCAGGGACUGCUGGAACCCAUUCUCGCCUCUGCAUUGGAGUGCUGGUGGGACCUGGGGUCAACAGGGGUCUGCGGCCAGCCUCCGCUCCCGAGGAGGGCGGGUCCAUUCCCAGGGAAGGGGAGCUGCAGAACCACUAGAGGGCGCUGUGCACCGCUGUGUCUCAGGCCAGGGAGCUGAGAAAAGCCAGCCCCGUCUGGCCAGUCACAGCCCACCCACCGCACCCCUGCUCUCCCAAGGCACCCUGCCGCACCCCCUCAUCUUGCUGCUGUGCCCUGGAUUACAGGGUCCCCAGACAAAAGUCAAGAAGCUCACACUUGUCCCCAUGUGCCUGGGGUCCAGGAACCCUAACUCCCCCUCCCAGCUUGUCUGAUGGUCACUCUGUGAGGGGCCAGGCUCGGCCUACUGCCUGCCGUGGCCCCAAGGCCGGGAGGCAAGAAAACCUGCCUCUGUGCGGGGGGGGGAGUGCAGUGGCCUCCUGGGUGGGCUGAGUACACCCAGGUCUUUGGGGUCGGGGCCGUGUCCCCUGCUAGCAUCCAGGCCACCACACGGCACAGCCGUGUCACUGCAGAGUCCCUUCCUGAUACCCCCCGGGGCCUCUGUACCUCAUGGCCCAGCUCACAGGCCUCUCCCACCCCUUCCUCGCAUGAAUGGCAUCCGCCCUGCAAGCUCACAGGUCCUCUGCCCCCCACGUCGUGCCGUGGUUCUCCGUGUGGCCCGACGGUGCUAUCCCAGAGCAUUCCCACGCUCCUCAGCCGCCACACUGGGGCUGCCUCGCUUGUCAGCAUGGCAUUCAGAGUAGCCUGAGGCCUCUGUGACAUGCUUGCUUCCCUGGCCCCGAGGGGGGGCAAAGUGAAGGGAAGUGCACAUUGGCAGAAUGGCCUGCCCUGUGUGGACCGAGCCCCCUCCUCGGGCCUCCCCAAAGGCCUGACCCCCUGCUGCUCUGGGGUCCCUGGCACCCCCGCAAGAGCCCAAAUGUCAAUAAAGAGACUUUCUCAAGAA